CCUUCACACAAAGCCAGGCUAGCUGUUUCCCCCUUUUUCCAGUCGUUAUGCUAAGCUAAACUAAGCUAAGCUAAGCUAAGCUAACCGGCUGCUAGCUGUAGCCUCACAUGAAGUUGACACAAGAGUGGUCUCAGUCUUCUCAUCUAACUCUCAGCAAGAAAGUAAAAAGGCCUAUUUCCCAAAAUGUGUAACUGUACCUUUAAAUAACACUGUAAUUGUUAUGUUGAUUUUUUUCCUCCAUUAAAUCAAAAACAUGAAAAACAUACUCACAAUCUAACACACCCUAAAUCUGCAGUGUUCAUCUAGUUUCCUAAUAAUGAGCAUCUGGAUUUGUCAUCUAUAAAAACAGCGUGUCUGCUUUAAAAUUCUUAUAAAAAUGUCAGUGAAUCUGGAAAGUUGCAUCAUGUAAAAGCUGAAAAUGUCAAUAAACCAUCUUUUUUAGGCAUGACAACCUUAAAUCACCCCAGCUGCCACACGUGUAGGCAACGUGACUCUGUCCCCGACAGCGUUAAAGGCUGCCAGUACUUUUCACCAGUUGGACAUUUUAAAUAUUUAAGGGAGAGAUCCUAACUGAUUGGUAUAACUUCAACAUUUCAAAGACAGCGUCUAACUCUUAAAAUUGGACGUUUGGCUGCUGCUACUCUUUUUUCCAACUCAUCCAUCUCAACUGUCGUGUGGUCGAGCAAACCGAUAGAAUCUAUGGUGUCACUGUUUGGAUGCACAGAUCACCCGCAGUGGAAAAUGUUACUUAUGUAUGUAAAGCCUGCUUCUACAGGCACACAGCAUGUUAUCAGCACCAUACAUGCAGGGGGGCUUUGUUAAGUCUGUUUUGUAUUUCUGUUGAUUAACAAGGGCAAAGUUUUUAGAUUAAUUAACAAAAUAGAAAAAGAAUUGUGUCACUUGAAACGGUGUCAAAGGGAUGGUGGCGCCCUAAUUAAUGGUCAUUCUAGCCCCAGCUUUGAGUUACACAGGAGCUGCCUGUCAAACAGAUAACCCUGUUAGAGGAAUGUCACCUGCCUCAGUCUCAGGCAUGCAUGCAGCCGCUCGUGCUUGUGAAGUGGAUUUACCAACACAAUGCUGACGGACUAUUUGAGUAGCUUGUGAGUAAUAAUUUCUAUUCGAAGACAAUGCCUUUUUAAUAGUUACUUUUUUAUAUUGUGAUUUGGAAAUCUGACCAUAGGAUGGCCACCUCAAAUGCAAAAGGUGAAAAAGUGUCCAAAUUUGAGACAUUGAAACUAUUGGAGAAAUGCAGAAAGGAAAGAGACGAUGCCUUGCACAGAGAGAACGUCCUCAGAGAGAAGCUCAGACAGUAUGAGUCGAGAAUGCGUUCAACUGAGGCUCUGAAACAGAAACUCAAGACCCUGACCAUGGACAACAAAGAGCUGAGGAAACAAGUGAAGACUCUUCGCACUGAAAUUGGACUUGAGUGCAGCCCCAAGUUCAAUGGAAAGACCACAAAGGACAUAAUCAAUGACUUGCAUGAAAAGGACCGUGAGUGCAUUUCCCUGGUGGAGAAGGCUGGGAAACUGAGUCUGACCAUUGAUGACUUGACUUCAGAGUUGGCAAAUACAGUCACCUCUAAAACACUAUUAGAGGAUCAAGUGCAGUCACUGCAGCAAAAUCUCAAGGAUAUGACAAAUAAUCAGCGCCGCUUGCUGAAGCUGUGGGAAGACAAGAAGGUCCAGAGGGAGCAGCUUGCCCUCCCUGCGAUAGCUCAGAAACCUGGACAGAAACCAUUUGUCCAUAAAGCAGUUCAAACUGAGAUGUCUGUCAGUGCGUCCCAAAAGCUCCCCGUCAAUGCUUUUGAGACCAAACCAUUCUCUCGGGAAAAUGAUAAAAAGACUGUUUUGGAUAAACACAGUUUUCCAGCUUAUGGAAAUGGCUUUCAUCAUGACAAGAAAGCUUUCAUGCAUGAUGAAAGUAAAGGAAUUAAGAAUUGAUUCGCCUCAUUGACUGACAGCCUGUAGCACUCUGCGCUGACAAAGCAGAGAUACAGCAAAUAAUUACAGGACUAAUGUGUGAUAUACAUGUAAAUAUGAACAAACAAGUAAAAACUGAUACAAUUUAAACAAUGAAAAGCUGAUUAAUGGCUUGUCUUGGUGCCUUGUGUAAUUCAAUUCUGUAACAAUGCAGUUUAUUUUUAUGAGUUAGCUGUAACUUUUAACUGAAGCAGCUUUUAAAACAUAUUGUUUGUGAGCUUAUU